AUGAAGGAUCGCAUGGCGUUGGCCAUGAUCUCGGCCGCAGAGGCUGACGGACGCCUGCAGCCUGGAGGCGCUGUCGUGGAAUACACAGGAGGCAGUACGGGGGUGUCGCUAGCCCUCGUCUGUGCCGUAAAGCAACGCCCACUCCAUCUCGUCUCGUCGGACGCCUUUUCGAGCGAGAAACUAGACCACAUGAAGCUCCUUGGCGCCAAUCUUACCAUCCUACCCAGCGAGAACGGUAAACAAACCGAGAAGCUCACGAAAACUAUGAUCCGCGAGGCACAUCGCAUUGCGGUGGAGACCGGGGCCUAUAUCACAGCCCAGAUGGACAACACCGAUCAGCUUUCGGCGUACACCAGCCUCGCCGAGGAGAUCUGGGAGCAAACAGGGGGUGCCAUCGACGGAUUCGUGCAGAGUGUUGGCUCGUCUGCAUCGUUCCGAGGGACCUCCGAGGCUCUGCGGCAGCGGGCAAAGGAUAUCACCUGUAUUGCGGUUGAGCCGGCGGAAUCAGCUGUCCUUUCCGGAGGUCCGUCUGGGUCGCAUAAGAUUGAUGGCACGGGGGCCGGCUACGUUGUGCCUCUGUGGUAUGACGGAGUAGCGGAUGAGAUCGAGCGUGUCUCUACUGAUGAUGCUCGGGCAAUGGCAUUUCGUCUUGCGAGAGAAGAAGGUUUGUUUUGCGGGACUUCGACCGGGGGUAAUGUUAUCGCAGCGCUGCGCCUGGCAGAGCGCUUGGGACCCUCUGCGACGAUUGUGACAGUGAUGUGUGAUACCGGGAUGAAGUACCUGAAGAAUUUCUCUCAAGGACUUAGUCAGUGA